AUGCCGUCGCAUUCUCGGUCCAAGACGGUCGACGUCGUUGGCCAAGGCAAACGUCUAUCGCUACAGUUCCCCAUCCAGCCAAGUGCAGGCAUCAACUCACCAACCCCCUCGACACGAUCGCGCCCACAAUCAUGGAUGAAUGGAGCAACAUCUGUCCAUUCCCCAGAACCCGAAGAUUCUACCUCCGAGACAAAUAUCCUGGCGGUUCUUGCUGCUCAAGAGCGCUAUGUGCUCGAACUGAAGGAAGAACUUACCAAAGCUGAGGCGGAUCUGAACAUGCUCAAGACGCAUUGGACCCACCACGAAGCCAACAAGCGUCGCAAUGAGGUGCGUAAGGUUGCUGCGCUGCAGCCGUUAAACACGUCGCUUGCCAAUGCUCCAGCGGGCCAAUAUGAGGACGAUGGCUCGAACCUGUGGAUGCAGAAAGAGAUGGAACGUAGGAGGGCCCUGCUUAAUAACACCAAGACUUCCCAGCGAAAGGUCUUCAGUGGCUCGCGACAUCUACGGACCUUAUCCCUACUUUCUCCCGACCGCCUCCAGUCACCGUCGUUCCCCCAGCCACUCGAUUUACAGGAUGACCAUUCGUCAGACUCCCGACCACAGCUCCCUACAAGGGCUUCCACUUCGUCAGAGAUUACACGACAAGUUGUCAAUGGCGGUGAACACGACCGGUAUGACAUGGGUGGCAUGCCGACCAUACAGCGUGAACAGCUCAUCCGCGCUGGCACACAGAUGGCGGCAGACUUCAAGAAAGGGCUGUUCACAUUCAUGGAGGAUAUCCGACAAGCAACUGUAGGCGAUGAAGCAGUCAACACGGCGGAUGGUAAUACUGGCAUGACAGGUGUCAAAAACCCCUCCAAGUCUGGCCGAAAAUCGUCCGAUGGUCGCCCAGCCCUUAGUCGGUCCGCCAGCUCGAAGAAGAAUACACAACAAUUAGGCUCCAUCGGCGACGACUUCUGGAAGGAGAUGGGUCUGAGUGAGCCCAAGACCAGUGCAGUCAACAAGAAGACGCACGCACUCAAGAACACGACUACCCCGCAAAAACAGAUCCGCAAAGUUGCAUCAGAAGAGGACUGGGAUAACUGGGACACACCCAACGAGUCGCUUCUGGUCGAUUUGGGAGACUCCAAGGACAGCUCGGAUGAAUCGGAUGCGCAGACGUCGCCGGUUUCUGGUCCAGGUAGCUCGCAAACAAGUAGCAGCACCAGGUACCACUCGAAACGUCACGACUCCAAGGCAUCAUCGCUUACCUCUAUCAACCAAGAAGACAUCACACCCCGAGACUCAAAGCGUAGCUCUAUCCCCUGGCCUGAUAUGACAAAGGUGUCGCCAAGCAACUUGAAGCGUACUGCAUCGCAUCUGAUGAGGGAGUGGGAGAAGCAACUCACGCCACCUCCGGAGUCGAGGAGUGAGGAUUACUCGCACGGCGAUUUUAUGAACUGA